AUGCCGCCAAGAGCAAGGACUAAGAAGACUGCCUCCGUCGUGACAAGCGCAGCGACGUCUACUACACCUUCGACCGUACCGUCAGCCAUCCAGUCACGCGAUGUCUCCCCAACACCUAAACAGCCCUUCCGCCUCUUCGACUUGCCGUCAGAGCUGCGAGUAAGAAUCUACGAGGAAGUACUACAUGUCCCCAACCCACCCAUCGAUCUCGACCCCCAAAACUAUCGGACCAUCCACCCCCGUCUCGCCCUUUUCCUCAUCUCCCACCGUCUCCAUAACGAAGCCUCCCAAAUUUUCUACUCCCAACCCAUCCUCCUCUACCCCUUCCACGGCCGCUUCUUCCACACCAAGAAGCCCCUCCUCGCUCGCCUCCCAAUACACUACCGCGAAGCCAUAACCACGCUCUGCUGGCGAAUAGGACCAGGAUGGUCAUCACCUCCCAAGAAUCAAAACGCGAACGAGACUCUGGGACUACGAGAGUGUGUGAAUCUGAGAGUGUUAAAACUAUUCGUCGAGAUCGACCCAGCAGAUGGCAUCUUUUCGGGUUUCAGAGGCAAGGGAGCCAAAGAAGAUACGUAUAAAUGGUUCUGCGUGGACCUGCUUCGGGAGAUUUUCGAACAGGUGCCUAGUCUGGAGACGGUUGAGAUCGAUGCUUUUCCUGUGAUCAAGAAGGACUCGCCGCUGGUGGUUGGGUUGAGGAGAUGUAUUGAGGAGAGUGGGUUGAAAUUGAAAUGGGGUCCGCUGAGGGGAUGGGAGGACGAUACCCUUGUGUCGGGUGGGCAUAUUGGGAUUGAGGCUGCGAUGGCUAGUAUGGCUUUGAGGGCGGAGAUGGGUAGGGUUGUGGAGGUGCGGGCGUAG